AUGUGGUCGUUGUCGUCUCUCGUGUCUGUGCUCAUACUGCAGUACAGCUGUAGUCUUGCCGAUGCUGUCGUCGUCACCACCAAAUUGGGGGACGUGGAGGGGGUGAGGACACGCGCCAGCGAGAAGUUCCUUGGUUCGGCAACCCUGUCCCCCUCUACAUGGACUGGGGUCCUGGACGCCACCGCGAUCAAACCAGCCUGCUACCAAUACUGCCCCCAAGACGCCAAAUUCAUCUGCCAAACUGAGAUGUCUGAAGACUGUCUGUCUCUAAACGUCUUCCGACCUUUGAAGCCCAUAUCCGCCAGUCUCCCCGUGAUGCUGUGGAUCCAUGGCGGUAACUUCGAGUACUACAGCGGAGGAAGUGUUCUGUUUGACGGCGAGACCAUCGUCUCCAGAGGGGAUGUUAUCUUCGUCAGCCUGAAUUAUCGCCUAGGUCCAUUUGGAUUUCUGGCACAGAGCGACGGCACAACUGUCUAUGCUGGUAACUAUGCCAUCAAAGAUCAACGGAUGGCAUUACAGUGGGUCCAUGACAACAUCAACGCUUUCGGCGGGGAUCCAUCACAGGGCCAUCAUGCACAGCGCCCCUUUGGGAUUUCGUUCAAAAAUCCGGCAGAGGGAGCAUAUCAGGACUAUCUUUUCUCGCAAAAUCUCGGCUGCACACAAGGGAACAUUUCGUGCUACAAGUCCAAAACAUCAGCUGAGGUGCUGACUGCUUGGCAAGGGACGUCCAUCUACGUAUCAGACAACCCCUACCUAUCACUGGAGUCAUGGGGCCCGGUUAUAGAUGGCGAUGAAAUCAAAGGAAGUCUCGUGGAACUGUUCGAGACCGUGACCAAUAUAAACAAGGAAAUACUGAUCGGUUCCACAUCUGAAGAAUCCGUUGGAAGCAUUUACGAUUACUACACCACCGCCGUGGACGAGGCGAGUUACAGGGCCGCCAUGAGUUACUUCGAACCUGACAAUUCCACGCAGAUCAUCAAUGCCCAGUAUCCCCUGUCGCUGGCGACAACCGCGAGAACCUGGUCAGCUUCAUGUCCGACAGGCUCUUUUUGUGCUCAGCCAGAUACGUGGCUCAGAAGCUGA